UGAUGUGCUACAAAGUCUACACAAGGUCAGGUACGGAUAACGGCCUUGAAUGAAGAAGAAGCUUUCGCUUAACGAGGGUACGUAUCUAGAAGCAGUGGGUCACCGGUGACUUCAGAUGGGUUUAACUAAAAGAAUUGUGUCUCCAGCUGAUUUACGUCAGUGGACUUCUUCUAUCGCUUGUAAUGAGAUUCUUAACCUAAUAAAUAGUGUCAAUAGUAAAUUGGUCUCUCGUCCAAUCCAGGAUAAUUUGAAAUCUUCUAAGGUGUUUUGGAAGUUACUAUUAUAAAUGUAACUAUUUCAGGCCAUAAUGUUGGUAUGUGAAAUGCUUGACAAGUUACAGCAAGCAAUUAAAGAUUACCCACCUGAGGAGCAGCCGCAGAGAUUUGGAAAUAAAGCAUUUAGGCGAUGGUUUGCAUGGUUACAAGAGAAUGCCAUUGAAAUUGGUUCAACUAUUUUUCAUGAUCAUGGUACCACAGAUUUCACUGAUCCACCAAUGUUAUACACCGAAGCAGUUGACGAAGUUUCCGGUUAUUUAGUUGAAUCAUUUGGAAAUUCAACACGUAUCGAUUACGGGACUGGUCAUGAAUUGGCUUUCUUAGCGUUUUUAACUUGUCUUUUCAAACUGAACAUUCUAAAAACACAAACUGAUUCUGGUGCAUCAACUAUAAAUGAUCUCCUAGCUGUUGGGCUUGUUGUAAUGCCAAAGUAUCUUGUAUUAGUUCGUCUGUUACAAACAACAUAUCGUAUGGAGCCAGCUGGCUCUCAUGGUGUAUGGUGUUUGGAUGAUUUUCAAUUUGUACCUUUCAUUUGGGGCAGUAGUCAAUUGAUUGGCAGUCAGCACAAUCCUACCGUGAUAACAGAUCGUGAUGUUGUUGAAUUGGAGAAAGAUAAAUACCUUUUAUUUUCAUGUAUUUCUUAUAUUCAUCAUUGUAAAACUGGUCCAUUUGAAGAGCAUUCACAUACGUUGUAUGGAAUUAGUGAAGUACCGAAAUGGGAAAAAGUCAAUUCUGGUUUAAUUAAAAUGUAUAAAGGUGAAGUUUUAGAAAAAUUUCCAGUCGUUCAACAUUUUCUAUUCGGUAGUUUAUUAUCAUUUGAUAGAGUACAAAAUAGUAAACCUUUGGGUGGUAGUGGAAUAAAUAUUGGUGGAGGUUUUAGUCAACGAGGAUUUAUUCCUUCAAAUAUUGAUUCAUUUGUAAAACCAAUUUCAUCGACAAUCCAACAAUCAAAUCAACACGAGGAAAAAUCGUAGAGUUACAAAUUAAAAGUUGAUGGAUUAUACAAUAAAUAUUAUUCUACAUAUAAUGAUAAACUCGACUUUUUUUUCUCUAAUUAAGUCUUAAUCUUCUUCUUUUUUAUGGAUUGCUUAGCAAUUUUCGAUGAAUUUUAUCUUGUUCACAUAAUUGAUCAUGUAUAUAGAUGCCUUCAAUGACUAUAAUUUUCAACGUUGACUGUUUUGUUUUGUUCAUAAAUGGUUUCGUAAUACACGUUUGAAAUUGGUCAUAGACAACGUAGGAUCUAACAUGAA